AGGACCGCGAUCAGGAUGCCAUAGGUGGAAAGAAGAUUAUUAGUAGGACAUUUCUUUCUCUUUCCCAGAUUACUGCUUUGUCAGAAGAAGAUGUAGAAGGAGUUCAAAUAAAGCUGGAAGAAUUUUUGGAUUUAAAACAAUUAAAGACAUCUUUGAAAGAAGCUAUUUUGCUAGAUUAUUAUACUGCGGGAUUUUGGUGGGCUAAAGAAAUGGACUUCAAUCUGAUACAGCUCUCAGGAUUCAUGGAUCUGUUAAAUUUCCUGUUGGAGAACCUCAGUGACAAACGUAUGACUUUAGGAGAUAAUUUAAAAGAACUUGGAAAAGCAAUGGCUGGAAUAGGAGAAACUGAUUCAGAAAGAAGUGGUGACUUGGAUUCCUUCAGCAUUGAGCAAGCCAAAGCCGUCAUUGAUUACUUGAAUAUCAGCUUAUUUAAACACUAUAAACUAUAUGAAUACCUCUUCCACAGUCCUGGAGAAGAACUUGUGAUAAGUAAUGAGUAUGGGAUUGAACUUGCCCAACCUGAAGUUACCCCCUUCCCUGCUCUGCCAGAAGAAGACAUACCUUCAAAUAUUGAUUCAUCAUCCUUAAUAUCACCAAGAGCUGCAGAGACAGAAUUUAAGGGGUCUGAUCAAGAGGGUUGCCUGGAAGAGCCCUGUCCAGAGGUGGAGUCCUUCGAGGCAGAUGCUGUGGCUGUUGUCACUGCUGAAGAUCAGAAAUCUGCAGUGGAUGAAAUCCCAGAUGAAAUUAUUGGCAACCUUGAGGCAGAGAUAAAUGAAAAACUACAAAUGCAAAAAGAAGCUUAUGCUUUGAGAACAUAA